AUGUCUGUAACCUUGCACACAGAUGUUGGAGACAUAAAGAUUGAGCUAUUUUGUGAACAAUGUCCGAAAGCAUGUGAAAACUUCUUAGCUUUAUGUGCUAGUGAUUACUACAACGGGUGUCUUUUUCACAGAAAUAUUAAGGGUUUUAUAGUACAAACUGGAGAUCCUACGGGAACUGGUAAAGGAGGUACAUCAAUUUGGGGCAAAAAGUUUGAUGAUGAAUUUAAAGAGGAGUUAAAGCACAAUGCAAGAGGAAUGGUCAGUAUGGCUAAUAAUGGUCCAAAUACAAAUGGAAGUCAAUUUUUCUUCACAUAUAGUGAACAACCCCAUCUAGAUCUUAAAUAUACAUUGUUCGGAAGAGUUAUUGACGGUUUUGAAGCAUUGGAUGAUUUAGAAAAAAUGCCAGUUAACCCAAAGACAUUUAAACCACUAUCUGAAGCAAGAAUAACAUCAAUUACAAUACAUGCAAACCCCUUGGCCGGUUAG